AUGAUACCCCCGUCAUUGAAGAAGUCUGGGUUUAGCAAGGAUGGCUCUCUGAAAACUGCAGCAGAAAAAGCACCAAUCCACAGGAUUUGCAUCACCCAGACAAGCAGGAUCGUGACAACUGCUGAGGAAAAGAACCUAAAAGUAAAAGUGCCGGUGCACACGCCAACUAAAAUUGUGCAUAUCUCAACACCCAAAACCCUCCGUGGUGAAGGUUUCAAGACAUGGGAUAGAUUACAGUUAAGAAUCCACAAUCGCAUCAUUGACCGGCAUAUCGAACCAGAUGUGCAUGUUGAGGUUACCAUUACAGGUGCAGCAUAA